AUGUCGAAGAGAAAGUGUUUAACCAUAAAAGAAAAAAUUUCACUUCUCAAUGAUGUUGAAAGCGGCAUCAAGAAGAAAGAUGUAGCCGCAAAAUAUGGCAUUCCUGCUAACAGUGUAUCCACUAUACUAAAAAAUAAGGAUUCCAUUUUAAGUAAAGCUGGUGAAGUAGGGAAUUCCAAUGCAAAACGAGUACGAUUGUGCGUGUAUGACGACGUCGAUCAAGCAGUUUUAAAAUGGAUUCAUUCCGUGCGGGAUCAGAACUUACCUUUGUCAGGUUCGCUAAUUAAAGAAAAGGCAUUGCAGUUUGCCAACGCAUUAGGCUACUCGGAACUCCAAGCAAGUGUUGGAUGGUUGGACAAAUUUAAAAAACGUCACAUGUUGGUGCACAAAGUAGUUUCAGGAGAAAGUGUUGAUGUGUCGGAUGAAAGUUGUGAGCAGUGGAAAAAUGAAGUGUUAAAACCGGUAUUAAAAGAGUACCAGCCAAAAGACGUGUUUAAUUGCGAUGAAAUGGGACUCUUUUUCAAAUGUCUCCCAGAUAAAACUCUUACUUUUAAAGGAGACAAGUGUUUUGGUGGAAAACGUAGCAAAGACAGAAUUACAGUAUUGGUUACUUCAAAUAUGACAGGGGAAGAAAAGCUGAAGUUGCUAGUUAUUGGGAAGAGUAAAAACCCUAGAUGUUUCAAAGGCAUCAAAUCCUUAGAAGUGAACUAUCAGAACAGUAGAAAAGCUUGGAUGACAGGCGAAAUUUUUGAGAAGUGGUUAUUGGACUUGGACAAAAAGUUUGGGAAAGAAAAAAGAAAGAUUGCAUUAUUUGUAGACAAUUGCCCAUCACAUCCACCUGAAGUGAAAUCCAAAGUGAAGAACAUAAAACUUAUCUUUCUUCCUCCAAACACUACCUCGAAAUUGCAACCGAUGGAUCAGGGGAUAAUUAAAAAUUUAAAAGUCUACUACCGAAAGCGAAUUUUGCGAAAAAUGAUUGCCUGUGUUGAAGAAAACCAACAGUUUUCUAAAACAUAUGUAGACUUGAGGACUUGCAUUUCAGAAUUGUCUAAAGCUUGGCAAUCUGAUGUGAAAGUCACAACAAUUUCCAAUUCAUUUAGAAAAGCUGGAUUUGCGAAGGAAUUUUCAUCAGGAGAACAAGAACAGGAGUCUCACGUGGACAGUGAACCAGAUGUUACAGAAAUUUGGGACGGUUACCGUGAGAAGAAUAGUUUUACAGAUGAUGUCAAUUUAGAAGAUUUUUUAACAAUUGAUGAUGGUUUGUCAACUACUGGUCAUUUGACGGAAGAAGAAAUUCUGGACUCAAUUGUAAUGAGUAAUGAUGAGGAUGAAGAUCAAGAUACGGAAAUAUACUACCCAUCGAAACCAUCCACAUAUGAGAUCAGAAAAGCUUUUGACACCAUUCGUUGCGGAUUGCAAUACCAAGAAGAUGUUCCAGAAGAAGUGUUUAAAUCACUUCACUCUUGUGAAGAAUUUUACGAAAAAUGUGUUUCAAAAGUGCAGCAAAAAAUCACGGACUAUUUUCAAUGCAAAACUACUGUCGUUGACGAAAUUUAG